UCGACAGAUGGCAGUAUUGCAUCAAACACUAAAACAACACGAAAAGCGACGGAAGCCUUCUGCUGUCAGUUUUAAAACAACAGUCCGAUGCGGCACUGAAAUAAAACCGAAUCCUCUCUAUGGGAGCAGGAUGGACUCAUCCGAAACAGGAGGAGCUGGUGCUGCCGCUCCGACACCAGAUCAGAGCUCCCCACCCGAGCUUUCUGCUGCCAUGCGGGCUAAAAUCGAGAGGAAUCGUCAGCGGGCGUUGAUGCUCCGCCAAGCGCGGCUAGCGAGCCGCCCUUUGUCCGCCGUGGAGGGGGCAACCUCGGCCAAAGUUUCCAAGACGAUCGACUCCGGUGCCGGUUUCUUCAUCGACGAGGAGGAGGACGGAGAGGAUGAGCAGAAAGCCAAGAAGGUGGUGCAUCAACCAGCUCCGGUGAUAGAACCAGACUAUCUGCUGUGUGAUGACUGUCAGAAACCCUUCAUGGACUCCUUCCUCAGCAACAGCUUUGACUUGUCAGUGUGUGACAAAUGCAGAGACAACGAGGAGAAGCACAAGCUGAUCUCCAGAACGGAGGCCAAGCAGCGCUACCUGCUCAAGGACGUUGACUUCGACAAGAGAGAGCCCCCUCUGAGAUUUAUACUGAAGAAAAACCCUCAUAACCCUCGCUGGGGGGAUAUGAAGCUCUACCUCCUGCUACAGGUAGAGAAAAGGUGUAUGGAGGUUUGGGGUUCAGAGGAGGCCCUGGAAGAGGCCAGAGAGACGAGGGAGGAGAACAGAGAAGUCCAAAAACAGAAGCGCUUCAACAAAAAAGUCAAAGAUCUGCGCAGGGCAGUGAGAAGCAGCAUGUGGACCAAAACCACCAGCGCUCACCAGCACGAAUACGGACCAGAAGAGGUGGUGGACCCAGAGGAGGACCUCUACAAGAAGACCUGCAGCACCUGUGGACAUGAACUCACCUAUGAGAAGAUGUAGACAUGUACAUUUUCAAAAACAGACAAACUCAGCUCAAAUGGACCAAGAUAUUUGGUGCUUCUGCAGGGAACAAUGUCAGGAUAUUUAAAACUCCUUGAUUGAGAUGACAUUUAAAAAGAUCUUCAGAAAUAUCUUCAUUUGAAACAUGCUAAUUUUGUAUAAACUGAAUAUUUAUAUGAAUUGGAAAGUUUUGAAACAAAUAUUGCAACAAUAAACAAGCACUGAAUGUGCAUCAGAAAAACCUAUUUAAAACUUUAAGGCCAUUAAAUAUUAUUCAUGACAUCUAGAAGGUUCCAGCAUAAGUGUUCUGGUAUUUUCUGAAAGUGAUCUGACCUCUAAAGUGCCUGUCCAUAUUCAGUGCCUUGCAAAAGCAUUCUUACCUCUCAAACUUUGCCAAAUUCGGUCAGGUUACAAUAUCAAAGCUUAGGAUAUUGUUUCAUUAUAUAACCUGCUUCAAACCUUUCCACAACUUUAUUCUUCACGUCGUUGCUGUUCCUCGGUCUUCACGAUGUUGUCAACUGAAACUAACAAACCUCCAAAGCCUUCACAGGUGGACUAUUUACUAGCUAGGUGACUUCUAAAGGCAAUUGAAUUCCUUGGAUUUUAUUGAAAGGUAUCAGAUUGAAUGGAGGCUGAAUAAAAUAAAUAUGGCACUUUUUUUCUUUUUUUUUUAAAGAUAUUUUGGGCACUAGUGGCCUUCAUCAGUAGCUUUUCAGGAAGAAGGGCAGAGAGAAAAAGAGGAUGGCAUACAGUAAAUGAUUCCUGGGUCGGGAAUCAAACCUGCAACAGCUGCUUGGAGGACUGUAGCCUCCACAUAUGUUGCACCUGGUCUACCACUGAACCCUGUAAGCCACACUUUAAAUAUAAAAAAUGUUAAACCAUGUUUAAUUUGACUUCUACCUCACAAUUAUGCACUGCUUUUGAGUUGGUCUGUCAGAUACAAUUUUGAUAAAAAUCCUUUGACAUUUGUGCUCCUAAUGUGGAAACUGUAGUUUUAUACAUUUUGCAACAUUCUGGUAUGUAAGAAAGAUUAAUUUGUGAUUCCUGCCGACACAAACAAAUCCACAUUCAUUAGACAUUUUCUAAUUGUACUAUUAUAUACAACUUUAAAAUAUGGUGUUUGCUGCACAGAUAAAGAUCAACUAUGUGUGACUUAUUUUUGCAGAGCAUCCAUAGUGGCAGAAUGCUGAGAUAGUGAGAUUAGUAUGGUUGCAUUACAGCAAAUUUUAAAUCUC